UAUAUUCAAAUAUUGAUAGCGGAAAUCCAUUCUUCUUAUCUCUCUAUUGUUCCCGCUGAAGCAGGGCUAUUUGCUUCGUUCUCGUUCAUCGGAAGCUUCUUCUCUCCACCGCCGCCGACCACCGAGGAUUCCGCCGUCUCUAACUAAAUUUCACUAGCCUAAAUUGCCAUUAUCAGAUUGAAAUAUAGAAAUAAUCGAUGGCGCAUAGGUUGCUGAGAGAUGCAGAAGCUGAUGGAUGGGAACGAUCUGAUUUCCCUAUUAUAUGCGAGUCGUGUCUUGGCGACAGUCCUUACGUGCGGAUGACAAAAGCAGAUUAUGACAAGGAGUGCAAGAUCUGCACGCGACCCUUCACAGUGUUUAGGUGGAGGCCUGGUCGGGAUGCAAGAUACAAAAAGACUGAGAUCUGUCAGACCUGCAGCAAAUUAAAGAAUGUUUGUCAAGUUUGCCUAUUGGAUCUUGAAUAUGGUUUGCCAGUUCAGGUCCGAGACACUGCUCUCAGUAUCAACUCGAAUGAUGCCAUCCCGAAGAGUGACGUAAAUAGAGAAUAUUUUGCAGAGGAACACGACCGCAGGGCAAGAGCUGGUAUUGAUUAUGAAUCUUCAUUUGGGAAAGUCCGUCCAAAUGACACUAUCAUGAAGCUUCAAAGAACAAGUCCAUACUACAAGAGAAAUCGGGCACAUGUUUGCAGUUUCUAUAUACGUGGUCAAUGUACAAGAGGUCUGGAGUGUCCUUACAGGCAUGAGAUGCCUGAGACAGGAGAGUUGUCACAGCAAAAUAUUAAAGACCGUUACUAUGGAGUCAAUGAUCCAGUGGCUUUAAAGCUACUGAAUAAAGCAGGUGAAAUGCCUUCAUUGGAGGCCCCUGACGACGAGAGCAUUAGAACCCUCUAUGUGGGUGGUGUUGAUGCAAGAAUCACCGAACAGGACCUUAGGGACCACUUUUAUGCACAUGGUGAAAUUGAGUCCAUCAAAAUGGUGGUCCAGCGUGGUUGUGCUUUCGUAACUUACACAACCAGAGAAGGUGCAGAGAAGGCAGCUGAGGAACUAGCAAACAAGCUGGUGAUAAAGGGCCUGAGACUGAAGCUACUCUGGGGGAGACCUCAAGCACCCAAGCCAGAGUCCGAGGUCCCUGAUGAAGCAAGGCAGCAGGCAGCUGUGACUCACAGUGGAUUGCUGCCUAGGGCAGUCAUAUCACAGCAGCAGAAUCAGCCUUUUCAGCCACCAGGAACUCAGGACCAACCCCCAUCCAUGCCUUACUUCAAUAUACCCCCGAUGCCUCAGCAAGACAGACCAUAUUAUCCAUCAAUGGAUCCACAAAGGAUGGGUGCCCUAGUUCAAUCCCAGGAGGGGGCUUCUAGUUCAGCUACGGGGUCAGGUCCUGGUGAAAAUAAGAGUGGUUCUGAGAAUCAACAAGGACAACGUCAUGCAUAUCCACAUGGGCUACCACCUCAAGGUCAAUUUUACCCGCCUUAUUAUCCACCCUAUGGGUAUAUGCCACCACCUCCUCCACCUUAUCAACAGUAUCCUCCUCAACCUUAUCAAGCUACAGCACCCCCACCACCUGGCGGUCAGCAAUCCGCACAUCUGCAGCCGCCUCAGUCAGCAGCAGCAGCCGCACAACAGCCUUAAUCUUUGCAGUUUUGUUAGGCAUCUGCAAUCAGGAAGAUCAAUGUAAACAUGGCCAGCAUCUCUGUUACUGCUGAAAGUUGUCUGUACUCUUUUAGCCAUUUUGAAUUAAGUAUUGAUUCUGUUGUGCCAAUGAAAUUUUUUGGUGUUAGGUUUCUCGUCACUGCCAAUUUGGUUCUGUUCAAGUUUCCUACACUAUGACCUCAUUUAACCCUUUCAGCUCCUGGGCAAACCGCAAUUUACCCCCUCUUUUUUUUUUCUUUUCCUUCAUAGAAGUCCCCCGCGGUUUUUAUGAAUUUUAUAUUUGUGCUUGGCAUGA